CUUGCUAAUAUUAAAUAUUAAUGGAAAUCAGCAAUAGAAAGGACAUCGAGAAAUUGAUUGCCUAUAGUAAAAGUAUCCAAGUUGGUCUCAUUGAAGAUGAUUUCAAUGACCAAUACACUCCCCCUGAGAAACAUGUAUAUGAUUUAGAACCUGUUCCUGAAAUAAAAUUAGAAGAACUUGAGACAAAUCUAAAUGAAGACGAGAUGCUCAAAUUAUUAAAACAGAAUGUUCAAUCUGCAAAAAUGAAAGAAAGUGUAAGCAGUGAACAGGAUAGUGUAGAGAGUUAGGAUUCAAUGGAAAGGAGAUCAACUCCUCCGAAAAGAAAAUAAUAAUAAUAAUAAUAAGUUCAAAUCCCUAUCCAAGUCCCUGUUCAGAAGAGCUAAACUACCGUUGACAUGUCUGAGUUCAAUAAAGUCCCUGAAGAAGUAUUAUAGUUUUUGGAUGGAGCUAAAGGACGUAAAUCCAUGUUAGGGGCAGCCAUAAAAAAUAAUAAGGGAACUAGUAUGUUGUUAGCAUCCCAAGGGAAACCAAUUAAAAUUUACUUUUUUAAUACUCAACAGCACAUUCAAAUCAUUGUUGCCAAAAAUACAACAGUUCUAUAAGUUAUAAGAAUGAGCAUAACAGAAUAUUAGAAUAACAAUAAUUUUGAUUAGAAGUUGCUCAGAUAUCCCAAUAAUGUUGAUGCCUAUGAAAUCAGAUUUGUCGAUGAUGAUUUUGAAUUUAAAGCGGAAAUGGCAUUUGGUGCGAUUGAUAAAAAAAAAGAAAUCUUGUCCACCCAGACAAAUAUCUUCUCCCUUAUCGAGAUUAGCAAUUACAAAGAACAAAAAAAUGAUAUGUAAAUCUUUGAAAAAAUUAAUCCCAAUAUGGUGUUGAUGGACGUAGUGAUUAUUGACUAAAAACCUGAAAAGAAUGUCAUUACAAAAGUUCAAUUAGACAAGAAUUCCAUUGUUGCAGAUAUCAUCACAUAAAUUAGCAAGAAAAAUAAAUAAAUCAAUCAAUUAAACUAUCUUAUUCAAUUAAAUGAUGAUGACACUAUUUUGGAUCUAGAUCUAAGAAUGCCCGUAGUUUAAUUAUAGAAUAAAAAAAUUUAGAUCAAAUAGAAGACAUGGGCAGAUUAGGCAGAACAAUAAACUAUUAAUACUUAAAGAAGAGAUACAAUCACAGAGUAGGAUGAUUAUGUAGAUGCUCCAUUGAAUCACAUCCAAGCAUUUAAAUAUGAGAAGUUUACUGUGGUCAAAAUUAAUGAAAGAGGAAAAAGGUAGGACAGAAUAUUAGGCAUAGAUCAAUUCAGAAUUUAUAAUAUGAACAAAAAAGAAAAUUUAGGGCUGUUUGAGAGGAUGUUAACUAAUAAAAUAACAGGUACCAAAUUUCCAGAGAGAUUGAUAGAAGACAUUGUGGAUAUUCGAAUUGCUAAUUAAUUUUUAUACAUUACUUUUAGAUAAGAGAAUGACUUCAAAGAGUUGAAAUUUGACACAUUAGAUUCUAAAAUUGCCUAAAAGAUUUAUAAAAAGAUUAAUUUUAUUAGAGACUUUUAGAUUACAACUUAAAAAGUUAGAACUUAUAGUUAAAAAUUAGAUUGA